GAAGACGGAAAAAUGCGGAAGUAGGAAGAAGGGAGGAAAAAAGGGCUAAAGUUAGCAACAUUUUAGCGCGUUGAAGUAGUCGCAGAAAGACAAACAUGUUGAGAGAGUUGAUAAGGAAGCGACUAAUAGCGGCAGCUGAUGAAAUCUUCGAGCUGUUUGAGAGAACAAUUGCGUCGUACGAGGAGGAACUUUCUCGAACGCGGGAGGAAAAGGCGCGACAUCGACAAGAACUGGAAGAUAUGUACAAAACACACAUUGUGAUACAAAGUGAAGAAGACCAGCAGCCCGCCCACAUUAAAGAAGAAGCGAAGGACCUGUGGACCAACGAGGAGGGAGAGGGUCUUCUGGAGGCGGAGGAGGAGGAUAUCGGCAAGUUGCCACUGACUGUUGUCUCUGUGAAGGCGGAGGACGACGAAGACGAGCCACAAGCAGCCGACCUCUUCUCUCCACUGGCAGACAGCGACGAGACGUCGCACUCUCACAGGGAGGACGACGGGGACGACGGCCGAGAAUCUUUGAGCAGCGAUACAGACUGUGAAGGUGAUCUGAGGGCCCACACUGGCAUGGAACUCUCCGAUUGCCCCGAAAAGAAAUCCGAUGUCCAGCUGCUGAUUGGACGUCAGGAAGUACGCCCCCCUCCGCCGCCGCGGGACAGCGCCGCUUUGGAGCGGGAGGAACCACGUGUUAAAGAGGAAGAGGAAGAGGAGGACGUCUGGACCACUCAGGGGGGACAGGGUCUCCUCGGUCUCACCGAGGUGCCACUCACUGGUGUCUCUUUGAAGAGCGGCGGAGAGGAAUCCCCCGAGUCCUCGCAGUUUCAUCACCGUCCGUGUGGGGAGGACCGAGGGGCGGAGUCUCCAAGGCGCCAGACUACAGAAGGCGACGGAGACCAGCGCGGAGGACCACCGGCGGACAAGAUCUUAGGAAGUGACGACGCAGAAACGCCGCCGACUCUCGGCCACAGGAAGACGUCACACACGGCUAAAAAUGGCUUCACCUGCUCCGUGUGUGGCGAAAGCUUUUCUUGCCAGAGUCGUUUGAAGAAACACACGCGCGCACACGCGGGAGCGGCGACUUGGACUUGUUCGCUUUGCGCGGAAACAUUCUCUCUCCAGACUCGAAUGCGAGCGCACAUGAGGACACACGAGAAACCCUUCGCUUGCUCCGUUUGCGGCCGCAAGUUCGCCCGCAAGUCCAUCCUGAAAAGGCACACGCUGACCCACACGGGGGAGAAACCCUUCGCCUGCCCGCUCUGCGGCCGAGGGUUCUCCCAGAAGUCGUGCGUGGUGUCGCACGUGAGGACGCACACCGGCGAGAAGCCCUUCGCUUGUUCCGUCUGUGGCAAACGCUUCGCCCUGAAGGCGUGCAUGGCGGUGCACGUCAGAACGCACACGGGGGAAAAACCCUUCGGUUGUUCAGUGUGCGGGGAACAUUUUUCUUGUAAGAGUAAUAUGAACGUGCACAUGAGAAGGCACACGGGAGAAAAACCCUUUCGCUGUCCGGUUUGUGGUAAAUGUUUCUCUUCGAAGGCAUUUCUGCGGACACACGUUCAGCGACACCAGGGGGAGUGACCCCUUCCCUUUCCAUCCUCAAUUUACCCCAAUGUGGGACUAUUAUGUACUCAGUGGCCUAAUGUGGACUAGGGCUGAAACGACGCGUCGACGUAGUCGACGUCAUCGGUUACGUAAAUACGUCGACGCCGUUUUUGUGCUUCGACGCGUCGCAUAUUUACGUCACACUACCGUCAUGGCGGAGCGCAAAGCAGACGAUGCGAGCGGUGCGAGCGAGGGGGAAAAAAGCACGCCAAAAGUCGUCAAAAGUGUGGGAGUAUUUCAAUAAACGGCCUAAGAAGAAACGCUAGUUUUAUCUACAUUCAGCUCGCUACUCGCUACUAAUUUUUAUCGAUCUGUUAAUGCACACUUUGUUUGUUUUGGUCUGUCAGACAGACCUUCAUAGUGCCUGCCUUACUGGUGACGUUUCACUCCGUUCCACCAAUCAGAUGCAGUCACUGGUGACGUUGGACCAAUCAAACAGAGCCAGGCGGUCACAUGACCUGAGUUGAAAAACGUAUUGGGGUGUUGCCAUUUAGUGGUCAAUUGUAUGGAAUAUGUACUGUACUGUGCAAUAAAUAAAAGUUUCAAUCAAUCAAUCAAAAGUGUGAAGGAAAAAAGACUAUUUUUUAUUUCAAUCGUACAUCCCGUCAAAAGCCUAAAGACUGACUGCACAGUUCCUGUCUUCACAAUAAAGGUGCCGCUCCAUCGCGCCGCGCUUUCAAAAUAAGAGUCUGCGAAAGCCAGCGCAAACAAGCUAGCAAGCUACGGAGUUUGCCGCCUAUUUAUUUCUUGUAAAGUGUAUAAAAACGAAUAUGGAAGAUGGACAAAUAAGAUGCCAAAAACCAACCACUUUCAUGUGGUAUUAGACAGAAAUGAGGAACUUUUUUUCUCCUCCAUUUGAAAACGUGGACGUUAUCAUCACUACUGUCUGA